UGUUCUACAUUUAAAAAAAAAUUGUAUGAAAUAGAAAAAAAUGAUAAUAUUAAAAUGGCUCCAACUUUAUCAAGAAAAGUUUUAUUUCCGUCUUCUAUAGAGAAGCAGAAUGUAAGUACUGCUAUUAAACUUUUUGAUGAAAAGACUUUAGCUGCUCUGCAAAUUGAAUCGCAGAAUAAUAGAACUGGGUAUGGAAAAGAUGUCUUAGGAACUAAACAUUUUAUUGAUAUAAUUUUAAAGUGGUGGAAAAUUGUGAAUGUUAAACACUCUAAAAAGGCCUUACAGUUUCGAGAUGUAUUUAUGCAGCCUAUAAGGACACCAGAAGAUAAAAGCUUAGAAUAUUUAUCACAGUUUUGUUCGUGGCUUAUAUCAUGGAACGAUUUUUGCCCAACAACAAAAAACUGUAAGUCACAAAUUGGGAAACUGUCAAAAGAAACCCAAGUUGCUCUUCUCCAUACAACAGCAACAUUGAAUGAACUUUCAAAGUAUUUGUUAAAAGAAUUUAAAUUACCUUUUAUUCUUUUAGGAAAAUUUCAGACAGAUAACCUUGAGGGACGUUUCGGUCAAUUUCGACAAAUGAGUGGCUGUAAUUAUAAUGUAUCCUUACAGCAGAUUAUAGAGUCGGAAAGAAAACUAAAAUUAAUUAGUUUGCUUAAAAUGCAGUCUUCUGAGAAAGGUUCAUUUAUUUUACAACAUUUUUCUUGUAAUGAUAUUGAAGAUUUUAAUGAUUAUCAACUUAUUGAUAAGGAAUUUGUUGAUGUUUUGCAUCAAUCCAAUGAU